AUGAAUUAUGCUAGGGCACUUAUGAGAUACAUCAGCAUCCGAGGUCAUCCUUACUCAAGUAAGGCAUAUUUCAGUGUUAAUCCCCUUGUGGCACUUUUUGAUGAAAGAGUCUCCAUCAAAGUCAACGAUCUUCGGCCACUACAGCGAGUGACUGUACAGGCAUGGGUGGAAGAGGGAAAGGCAGUGUUCAGCUCAUGCGGUCAUUUUCAAGCUGACCAACAAGGACUUGUCGAUAUAGCUGAGCAUGCUUCAACGGGGGGAACAUACAAAGGUCAUGAUAGCAUGGGACUCUUCUGGAGUAUGAAGCCUGUUCCAGGGAUAUCAAAGGAUCUGUUUCUUAGAAAGAGUGACGUGACGACACCUCUGGUCUUCAGACUGUCUGUAAUUGAUGACCACAUUCCCCUUGAAGACCUGCAGCUGGCCACACCAGUAGUUCUAGCAACAGAGGAGGUAGAACGAUGGUACAAGCACUAUGCUGUGAGAAGGACUGUCGUGAGAGAAGGUUCCAAAAGGGGAACUCUCUUCAUGCCAGAAGGCGAAGGUCCGUUUCCCGGGAUAAUAGACAUGUUUGGUUCCACUGGAGGGCUGAAGGAGUCCCGUGCAGCCCUGUUGGCGUCCAGAGGUUUCACCUCCUAUGCUCUUCCUUUCUUUGGAUAUGACGAUCUCCCACCGUCAUUGGCUGACUUUGACUUUGACUACGUACUGGAUGCUGUUGACUGGUUUGCCUCUCAUCCAAGUGUACGUCAAGGUGGUAUCGGUGUGGUUGGUAUCUCAAAGGGAGGGGAACUCGCCUUGCUGCUUGGCAUGGCCACUAACAAG